AUAUACACCGCAACAUCUUUCCUUGUCUACACCGUAAUUAUCAGCAAUGGUGCUUUCCGAACUACAAGCGGGUUACAGUUCGCCAACUAGCGCUCGGGACAGCCUGAUAUUGGUCCCCAUGUUGUGCCUGCAGUGCAACAAUCGGAAUCUCGAAGCAGGGAUGCCUGCAUAUACAAUGCACCCCGGAACUCCUCUCUUGGCCCGCUGCGCACUUUCAUCCUACAAAGACGAGUUGGCACGCUGUAUUUUGAUCGACUUCGUUGUUGAAGUUCAGAGUGACUGAAACCUUCCUCAGUCAAGCGCUCUGACAACAUGGGCGACACGCACGAGACUCCCACUGAACGACGCCCAGGUAUCGCCAUCGUGCGACCGAAACUUCAUGAAGACACACAGGCGAACCGAGAUCUGUUUAAGAGGUGGACGAAACUGCACAUGCGAGACACACUCUCGCUCCCAAAAGACAAGGACCUGGGUGGCGCAUCAAGAGUAUCGAGAUACACUCGCGUGAGUGCUGAUGGUGGAGAGGAUUACUUCUACACCAUCGUCCUCGAUGAUGUCAGGCUUCCUAGAACAAAAACUUUCCAGGAGAUACCCCAACGUCUGGACCUGGAGAAUACAAGGGUAUUGGGAGAGGGUGAGGAAGCUGUGCUUCUCCCGGGAGAUCCAAGGAUUGGGACGGAGCCGAUGGUGUUUAGCAUUGUUGCGCCUGUAGUCGGCAUCUUCGAAGCAGUCGUUGACACGGACACCAUCCAAGCCGUCCACAAAUCACAUCAAGACCUUCCUGCUGAAGUCGCAUCAGAGACGAACGCACCAAACUACACGCUUGUUACCUUGACAAUAUCACACACCACCCCUUAUCCCACGCCCUUUCAACACGUUCAAAGACUUCGGUCCUCUCUAGCCAACCUCCUUGGUAUCGUCACCAACCAAUUAGUCUAUGCGACCGUGUACCGCCAUGCUGCAGAUGCGGAGCCUGAGGUUUUUUCAAAAAUAGCGCAAGGUCAGGAUGGCAACGGAGAUUGGGUUGUAUGCGUGUUGGUUGGAGGGGAUGCGGAUAGACAGUUGGUGGAUGCUGGGUAUGAAGGAGUGGAAGGCCAAAUCGAGGAGUGGAGGAAGAGGCUCGAGAUUGAGGGCAGUUUGCAGAAUUUGGAUAUUAAGAUUGGAGUGUGGAAGGGCGAUGUGUUGAUGUGUUGAUUAUUUGAAUUGUCUGAAAAAAGUACAGAAUUUCUCAACACGAAGGCGCAUGUCGACCUUUUUCCCACUGGUCACCGAUCUGAAUCCACCUAAUGCACCACCACCUGAUGGCUCCUCUUCU